UUAUGGACAUAUGGUUGAUAAAUAACAAAAGUGUACAAAGCUAUAGCCGUAUGAACAUGCGAUGAGAAUUUCAACACGCCACAUUUUGUUCAACGAGGGAUUAAAUGAACUAUAUUUGUCUACAUAGUUGACCGGAAUUAGUAACCAGCCAGCGUCACCCUUUUGAAGUUUGGAGUCGACUUUCCUUUAAAAAAAAUCGUUUUAGUUUGCUAAUUUAUCUACAGAUUUUUAUUAAGUAAAGAAUUAGUUAGCUUUGAUUUAAAUAACAUAACUAACAAUGUUGGCAACAUACAAAUAUCAUUUUACGCCUCUUUACAAUUUUUUUAAAAAUUUAUUCGGUCAUCAAGUGAGGUAAAGAGCCAUACACGGUGGCGGUGGAUUGGUAAAGAGGCCAAGUGGUUCAAAAGGUUGCACUCAUGUUUCCCACGUGUAACUCGCCACUGGCCAAAGUACAAUAUUAAUUAAAAUCUUUUGUCUUAAUUGGGGUAUUCAACCACCAAUUUAACAGAUAAGUGUGGUGGACACAUGAGCAUCAUGCAUUUUAAAAACACCUAUUUAUAGAUAUUUACACUAAUAAGAUAUUUUUACCAAAAAUUAUCUUAAAACAGAAUAUAAUAUUUAUAUAUUAGUGACAUAUAUAUUCUCAACAUAUUCAUGUAGAACUUCUUUUUAUUUCUUUAAUACUUCCCCCAAAAAAAAAAAAUUAAAAUGCGUGCAAGCAGAGCUUCUUCACUCACCCAAAAAUGGCUGCUUUUGACACAGCUUUGUCUUCUGAAGGAUCUCGUAAUCAGAUGCGUACGUCAGUUCAUCAGAAGAGCUAAAGCGAUGCUUCUGAGUCAAAACGUCGUCGUCGUCGAGCCUGCUGAGAUCAGUGUCGUCGUCGACGUUAAGUCGUCUCAACAAGAUCUCAAUAGCUUUCAGAUUGCUCAAGUUCGAAUCCGUGACUCUGUCUGUAUCGAGAUUCCUGUUCCUGAAGAAACGCCUCUGUUAGGAUCGGUCAAGACUUGUUCUGUUACUGAAGAGGAUGUUACUGAGUUUGUCCCGAAGAUAAGUUCUGGGAGUUAUGCGGAUAAAGGCUCGAGGGAGUACAUGGAAGAUGAACACAUAUGCAUAGACGAUCUUUCAUCUCAUCUUCCCUCUUCCUUCUUUAGAUUCCCUGUUCCCGUUGCUUUCUACGGUGUGUUUGAUGGCCAUGGUGGAUCUGAAGCUUCUCAGUACAUCAAAGAGAAUGCAACGAGAUUGUUCUUUGAAGACGAUGUGUUUAGAGAGUCUCACUUUGUUCUGAACAACUUUUUCUUGCAAGAAGUGGAGAAGUCUCACCGGGAAGCGUAUAGGUUAGCUGACCUCGCCAUGGAGGAUGAAAGCAUUGUUAGUGGUUCGUGCGGAACAACCGCAUUGACAGCUCUUGUGAUCGGGAGGCACUUGAUGGUUGCUAACGUUGGUGAUUGUCGGGCGGUGCUAUGCAGAGGGAAAGCUGUAGAUAUGUCGUUUGAUCAUAAGUCUACGUUUGAGCUGGAGCGGAGACGGGUGGAGGAGUUAGGAGGGUACUUUGAAGGGGAGUAUAUAUACGGUGAGCUCGCCGUAACAAGAGCUCUUGGAGACUGGUCACUGAAGAGGUACUCUUCCUUGGGAGGUUCUUUGUCGCCUCUCAUCUCAGACCCGGAGAUUAAGCAGGUGGUUUUGACCGAGGAAGAUGAGUUUUUGAUAAUGGGGUGUGACGGUGUUUGGGACGUGAUGACGAGCCAGUAUGCUGUUACGUUUGCCAGGCAAGGUCUGAGGAGGCACGGUGACCCGAGGAGAUGUGCGAUGGAACUUGGAAGGGAAGCGUUCAGGCUUAACUCGGCGGAUAAUGUUACAGUGUUGGUCAUCUGCUUCACGUCUUCGUCUUCAACUCCCCAGAGGAGGAGAAUACAGUUUUGUGUUUCUGAUGAAGCCAGAGCCAGUUUGCAAGCGAUGCUACAAGGCUAACGUGUUUGUGUGCGGUCUUGAGGGGGACAAAGUGUAUAUAAAGAUAGAAAGCAGAGAGCAAAGAUUGUUUGAUGACAUUUAACAUCUCUCUCUGAUAUUGGAUGAAAUAAAAAUGAAGCAGACAAAAAAGGAGAAGAUGAAGUGACUUACUUGUGUUUUGCUGUUUUAAAUGUGCAUAAGUGUUGUAGCCGUUUUUGAUCUGUGUUUGAUUGGCUAUUUUCUCCAGUAGAGGAUUAGUGAGCACUUAUGUACAUAAUAAACUGAUUUAAGAAUAAAGGCAAAUCCAGGUUAUAUAAAGUUUUAUCUCUC